AUGAAAGUUAUUGAUUCACACAUUCAUUUAUCGUCAUUGGCCAACCAGAGAUUGUUGAAAUGGCAAGGAGAUCAUGUUUUGAAUAAGAACUGUAGACUUGAGGAUUACGUUGAAGAAAAUUCACUUGAAGUGGACGGUAUCAUCAUAAUUGAGUUUUCGGCUUUGAAUACCGAGAACCACCAAGGAACUAUCGAUGAAUAUAAAUAUUAUAGUAGAGUAAUCCAAGGGACUUUAGAUGGGGAAGAAGGAUCCAAUGACCUUAAACAUUUAGUCAAGGCUGUUAUCCCUUGGGUUCCUAUGAAUGAAGGUGCUGAUAAGGUUGAAUCUUAUAUAGAAAAUUAUAAAGAUGACAGUUUCCCAUAUGUUAAAGGAUUCAGAUACUUAUUACAAGACAAGCCACCACAAGUUAUGACCACCCCACAGUUUAUUUCCAGUUUAAAAUAUUUGGACGACAACAAUUUCACCUUCGAUUGGGGUAUCGAUUUGAGAUGUGGUGGAUGGUGGCAGUUCGAAGAAACUUUAGAAGUUUUCCAGAAAGUGCCAAACGUCAAGUAUAUCAUCAACCAUUUGUGUAAACCUACUUAUAAGGCUGAAGAUGUUGAAAGGUGGGGCAAGUUCAUGAAAUCCAUGUAUGAGCUCACCCCAAAUUCCUAUAUGAAAUUAUCGGGAGGAUUCAGUGAAUUAGAGAAGAACGAUGACUUGGAUGAAUGUGUGGAGCUUAUUUAUCCUUGGUUUAAGAUAGUAAUGGAUCUCUGGGGGGUAGAAAGAACCAUUUGGGCAAGUAAUUGGCCGGUAUGUGCUAUGUUUACCGAUGACUUGAACAAAAGAUGGUUUACGGUAACCGAGAAACUUUUUGACAGGAUUAAUUUACCGGUUAAGGACAGGCAAAGAAUCUACAAUGAAAAUUACCUCUCAGCUUAUAAUUUAUAG